CAUUGCAUAUGAGAGACCAGUUUUGAGAUAUCUAUUGCCAAAUUAUCCAUCUCACAAGCUCUAAAUUCUCGAAACUAUGUGGUGGUCAAAUAGCAUCUUUCUCACUUUCUUUACUCUAUCUCUAUUGAUAGAACAAUCAUGCUGUGAAACAGAUACUCUGCUCCAGGGGCAGUACUUGAAAGAUGGGCAAGAGCUCGUUUCAGCUUUCAAUAUCUUCAGGCUCAAGUUCUUCAACAUCAAGAAUUCAAGAAACUAUUAUCUUGGAAUCUGGUACGACAGUCUGUAUCUUAAUGACAACAGCAACUAUGAUGCUUCCCAGGACAAACCUGUCUGGAUUGCCAACCGUGACAAUCCAAUCCCAGGACGCUCUGGAAGCCUCACAGUUGACUCACUCGGAAGAUUGAAGAUCUUAACAGGAGCAUCAAGCCUGAUUGAUCUAAGCUCUACAGAAACCACAAGAAACACAACCCUGAAGCUGUUGGACUCCGGUAACCUCCAGCUCCAGGAGAUGGCUUCAGAUGGAUCAGUGAAGCAAAUUUUGUGGCAAAGUUUUGAUUAUCCAACGGAUACACUUCUUCCUGGGAUGAAAAUAGGUUUCAGUGCCAAGACCGGGAAGAGAUGGAUGCUGAGAUCAUGGCUAGGUGCUGAUUCACCUGCUUCUGGAUCUUUUGUCUUUGGUAUGGAUGCUAAUAUUACAAACCGUUUGACCAUCUUGUGGCGUGGAAAAAUGUACUGGGGAAGUGGGCUAUGGUUUAAGGGUCAGUUCUCCUUGGAGAAACUGAACCAGAACGGUUUCUUCUUCUCCUUUGUUUCCACAGAGAAUGAAGAAUAUUUUAUGUAUUCAGCUAAUAUUGAGAGGCACGAUGGAACAGCAUUUCCUUAUUUUAUGUAUUCAGCUAAUGAGAGGCAUGAUGGAACAACAUUUCCUCGGUUAGUGAUAAAUGAAAAGGGAACUUUGCAAUUUAACUGGAUUAAUGGAAGAAAAGAUCAUGUCCGUUGUUCUCCCUUUGUAUUUGGUGAAGAUCUUGAAGUUGGUUGUUACCGUAAACAUUCCAGCGUUUGUUUGCGUGCAAGUUACGUAUUCCCGGAGCCUGUAUCCGAGUUCUGGGACUGUAUGCGGUCGUCGUCUAAUUACAAUUUUAAAGAGAUGACAUCAGGAAAGACUUUUUGUUCCAGCUUUGGUUAUACAUUCAGAGAUGCAGUGUCUUCUGUAUCAGGCAAUGGAUUUGUACUUAAUGAGACUGGUGGGAAGUUAAGUUCAUACGAUUGCUGUGUAAAAUGUCUCCAAAACUGCUCUUGUGUUGCUUAUGCUUCAACGCGUAUGGAUGGUACGGGCUGCCAAAUCUGGAAUACUGACCCUACCAUUGAUCUUACCGGCAACAUGACGUCUUCUCAUAGUCCAAUAACUAUACAUAUUCGUGUAAAAGCUCUGCCACCGGUUGAGAGAGUCCAAGAGAUCGAAAAAGCGGCAACUUGGCUUGUUGUUGUGGUAUCAGUGUUCCUAAUGAUAUCUGUGGUCUGUUUUAUCAUCUAUCUUGUUUUCAGGAAAUAUAAAAUAAAAUUAACUGUCUUAUUUCGCCGAAUGUUCAACUUUUUAUGGAGAAAAGUCAUUCCACAAAUCACUGUUUACAUAUGGAGUAGGCUUCAAACAAUGAGGGUUGGUUCAACAAUAGACCAAGAAAUGCUCCUACGUGAAUUGGGAAUUGAUAGGAGAGGCCGGCACAGGAGAAGUGCAAGGAAGAAUGAUAAUGAGCUUCAGAUUUUUAGCUUUGAAAGUGUAGCCUUGGCAACAGAUUACUUCUCUGAUGCAAACAAGCUCGGUGAAGGAGGUUUUGGUCCUGUAUAUAAGGGGAGGUUAAUACAUUGGGAAGAAGUGGCUAUCAAGAGACUAUCUAUAGCAUCAGGGCAAGGUUUGGUGGAGUUCAAAAAUGAAGCUAUGCUUAUUGCAAAACUUCAACAUACAAAUCUUGUGAAGUUGUUAGGAUGCUGCGUCGAGAAGGAUGAGAAGAUGUUGAUUUAUGAGUACAUGCCCAACAAGAGCCUUGACUACUUCCUCUUUGACCCUUUGAGGAAAAAUGUUCUAGAUUGGGCGCUGCGGUUCAGGAUCAUGGAAGGGAUCAUUCAAGGGCUGUUGUACCUUCACAAGUACUCUAGACUGAAAGUGAUACACAGAGACAUCAAAGCCAGCAACAUUUUGCUGGACGAGGAUAUGAAUCCCAAAAUAUCUGAUUUUGGUAUGGCUAGGAUAUUUGGAGCUCAAGAAUCAAGAGCCAACACCAGACGAGUUGCUGGCACAUUUGGCUAUAUGUCUCCAGAGUACUUCAGAGAAGGACUAUUCUCAGCUAAGUCAGAUGUGUUCAGCUUUGGGGUUCUGAUGCUUGAAAUCAUUUGUGGAAGGAAGAACAAUAGCUUUCACCAUGACUCAGAAGGGCCUCUGAAUCUCAUAGUUCAUGCGUGGAAUCUGUUUAAAGAAAACAGAAUUGGCGAGGUGAUAGAUCAGUCUUUGGGAGAUUCUGCCCUUGACAACCCUCAAAUGUUGAGAUGCGUUCAAGUUGCGCUCUUGUGUGUGCAAGAAAACGCAGAGGAUAGACCAAGCAUGUUAGAUGUUGUGUCCAUGAUAUACGGCAAUAAUGCUCUUUCUUUACCCAAAGAGCCAGCUUUCUAUGAUGGUCCUCGGAGAAGCUCGCCGGAGAUGGAGCUUGAGCUACCGGAGCCAAGAAAUGGAUCGGAUAAUAGGGUUACCAUCACGGUGAUGGAAGCAAGGUGAGCUGGUGGUGGAAUAAAAAUAAAAAUGAUCGCAUUUGAGUCUCUUGUUAAGACUGAUCAUACAGUAUUUAAUCAACCCCAAAUUAAAACAGAGUUAAGGGUGUGGUUUCUUAACCCUUGUUUAUAAACU